AGCUUGUAUAAAAUCAGUUAACUGCCGGCACUGGAGCAAGCCACUUGGUUAGCCCAACUUUGGUCUCUCGCGCCCUUCGAGUUACGUUUACAAACAUAUAUACAUAUAAUUAAAAUUUGACGAGAAGGAUGUCAAUGCACCAGCUGCUUCUGUACUCACUGUGCCUUUGGGCCGUGGUCGUGUUUUGUGCCCCAACUCCCAGUGAAUCCCGCCGAGUGAUCUUCCUGAAGCCGAAUGGCAUCCAUCGCGGCCAGAUCCUGGCAACCCAUGGCAUGGAGAAGUCCUGCCCCAAGUGCCACAUGCUGGAUCAUCGUGGCAAUUGCCGGCGCAUCAUAGCUUACAAUGCAGUCCAACGUCUGCUCGUCCUCACCUUCGUGAUUCUGGCCAUGAUCUUGGCCCAGAGGCCCCCGAUCACGGAAGCCCGCCGCCUGAUCUUCUACAAUCCGCAUUCAAGACCACUGACCAGCCAGCUCCUCGUGUCCCGCAGGAUCGCGAAACCCUGUCCCGCCGGAAAAAUGAGGGAUCACCGGGAUCGGUGUCGUCGAGCCGUCAUCUUUGGACGCAGCACCUGAGCACUUGCCAGAAAAAUCUCCCAUUUAGUAGUAGAUUUUUUUUUACCUAGUCGUAAGCUAACUUAUUUUAGUCGUAGUUGCGUCACAAUGUGGCCGCCGAAGUAUUUAUUACAAUAUUUAUUCUGUAGCUAGUAUGAUGAUAAGUAAUAAACCGAUGUCGAUAAAGAUAAAAACAA